UAUGGUGUGUUAUUAAAACGGCUAGUAUACAAAGUGACAAUCAAAAUGCAUUUGUACGUUUUACUUUAGAACAUUUUAGAGUCUGUGGCCCUUUAACUUUUUACUCAUUUCUAACUUUCUCCAGGUUGUUUUUUUUUCUUUUUUUUUUUUUUUACAAACAAGUGUCUGUACCUACUUACUUGAGUACUUAAUUUCCAAAUACUUUUGCCAGCUCGAAACAAAUCCAACGAAAACAUCGUCGUGGCUCUUCACCUCCCAGUCGGGAGGCGCGAGAACGAGCAUGCGGCCAUGUGCGCGUGUUCUGUGCGCGUUCACGCGAGAGAGGAGCACACGGGCCGGCUGAGCAGCAAGAAGGAUGGAGGUCCGACCUGACAGGUUCAAGGCGGUCGCGGCCAAAACUCUGGGCAGAAUAAACAGGUUGAUUGACAAGCGGCAGCCCAAUGGAGAAACCAUCGAGCUGUCUGCCGAGGGCCGUCCCGAGCUGGUGCAGGAGAAGGAGCUGCCCGUGGUGGACUGUACCUGCUUCGGCUUGCCCAGGCGCUACAUCAUCGCCAUCCUGUCUGGCCUGGGCUUCUGCAUCUCCUUCGGCAUCCGCUGCAAUCUGGGCGUGGCCAUCGUAAGCAUGGUCAACGACCACACCGUCUACAAAGGCAACAAGGAAGUGCUUGUGGCUGCACAGUUCACUUGGGAUCCGGAGACAGUGGGCAUGAUCCACGGUUCCUUCUUCUGGGGCUACAUCGUCACGCAGAUCCCCGGAGGUUUUAUAUGUCAGAAAUUCGCAGCCAACAGAGUGUUUGGCUUUGCCAUCGUGGCCACGUCCACCCUCAACAUGCUGAUCCCAUCUGCCGCUCGCUGCCAUUACAGUUGCGUCAUACUGGUCCGAAUAUGUCAAGGCCUUGUUGAGGUACAGUAUUUCCGAUAUGUCCAAUAUGACCUACAUUAUAUCUUCCUUGCAGGAAUUUUCGCAUCGGGAGAAAAGCAGCCAUGGGCCGACAUCGAAGACACCAGCCAGGAGAAGUGCGGCAUCAUCGAUGAAGACGAGCUGGCCAACGAGACGGAGGAUCUCUACCGCAGCGGCGGCCAGUCCGGGGCCAUGAGUCAACAGGCGGUCGGUUCAAACGGCGGCGGGGCCGCGGGAGGCGGGGCCGGAUGGGUGACGGACUGGGAUAAAUCUGAGGAGUAUGUGCAGCCGCCUGGAUACAACUCAUAUAAGUGCGGCGGAGUGGAGGAGACGAAGCUGACGUAGACGAGAGACUGACUUGAUACAAGUGUGUACGAAACAAGGAAAAAAAAAAUGCGGAAAUAGGAAGAGGAGAACUUGCUGCGCACUUUUGUACAAUUACAAGAGUAUGUUGAUUUGAUUCUUUUGUUGUGUGGAGUUGGAGGGCAGUGUUAGAUUUUGACAUAUACAUAAACACAGAUGGUAUUUAUAUAACGCAGCUCAUCGCCCUCAAACGUCGUCCCUAAUGUGAGGCUCGCUGUGAUUGGUCCGUUUGCAUCUCGAGGAGGAAGCGCAGCAAGCGUGUCCUUUGUGUUGUGUUUCACAUCUCAUGUUGAAGCUUCACUACCUUUUUUUUUUGUCUUUCAGGGAAUGCAUGUCAGCGGUUUUAAAUAAGAAUGAUGUUCAUGAU